ACAACAUCCACCCAAGGUGGUCAGAGACAGCUGUGAUUGAAUAAGCUUCCAGACUCAGGAAGGAUGGAGAUUCCUGUCACACCCAGGGAAAUGCUGAAUGAGAACCUGUAUGAGGGCAUCAUGAUUAAGGCUGGCCAUCCUAUAUAAUAAAGAGUGAUGACGAGAUCUGAGGCUUCUACUUCACACCCAUGGGACUGAGCUGCAGGCUCCAAAGCUGCUCAGACACAGCAUGGCAUCUCUCCUCAGCAACAGGGUCCUAUCAUCCUUGCUGCAGUCACCUGACCCCUUUGACGUCGCCCUGUGCAAGGGACAGAGGCAGCUGGCACCUGGGGCUAGCCUUAAUUUCAUUGUCUAUGUUUCAUCUGCCUAUUAGCCUUCCUCCACCUCCAGUGCUCAGAGUCAGGUGGCCCUCUGCAACCCUUCCCUACACUGGCUGGCCUUCCCUGAGAUCCACAAUCCUAGCCAUGCCCUCAACCCUUCCUUCUUCUCUAGGUUUCAUCUGCCUAUCAGCCUUCCUCCUCCUCCAGUGCACAGAGUCAGGGGCCCAUAAGAAUGCUGGCCUGUGGCUGUGCCAGCAAGCACCCGUGUGUGGGCACCGGAUGUACAACCACUUGGAGCAAUGCUGUGACGAUGACACCAUCCUGCCCCUCAGCCGGACCCGCUACUGUGGCCCCAACUGCAUGUUCUGGCCCUGCUUUGAGCUCUGCUGUCCUGAGUCAUUUGGCCCCCAGAAGAGAUUUGUUGUGAGACUGAAGGUUCAGGGGAUGAAGUCACAGUGCCCUACCUCUCCCAUUUCCAGAGUCUGUCCAGCUUAUGAGGAACAAACCGGCCAUCCACUUGAAACCUGGGAUAACUCAGGAUUUGAAGAUAAAUAGAUGACAACACCUUUUCCUGUAAUUAAUGGUGAAAACACUCAUAAAAGCAGAUAUAGCCAAGAUCUGGAAGCAGCCUAAGUGUCCAUUAGUAGUGAAUGGAUAAAACAGCUUUGGUACAUUUACACAAUGGAGUACUACUCAACCUUAAAAAAGAAGAAAAUUUUACUCUUCGCGGCAGCAUGGAUGGUCCUGGAGAACAUUGCCAGCCAAAGAAAGAAAAAUACCAUAUGAUUUCACUCAUGUGGAAUCGAAUGAAUAAACCAAACUGGCAGCUCUUGGGUGGGGUGUGGGGUAGAGGGAUCAGCAAAAAAUAAUUUUAGAAAGAGAAAGAAUUCUUGGACAAUAGUGUGGUGAUUGUGGGUGGAGGGGGUGGGUGGAGUGGAAGAGGGUAAGGGGGGAUAAAUGGUGAUGGGGAAAAAAAUUUAAGUCAAUUAAAAAAACAGCAUGGUACUGGCAUAAAAAGAGCCACUUAGAUCAAAGGAAUAGAAUAGAGAGCUCAAAAGUAAACUAACAACUACAUGGUGAAUUCAUAUUUGACAAAGGAGGUGAGACCAUAUAACUGGGUAAGACAGUGUGUUCAAUAAAUGGUGUUGGGAAAAUUGCACAGAUACAUGUAAAGGAAUGAAACUAGAUUACCUUCUUACACCAUGUAUAAGAAUAAGCUCAGCCCUGCCUGGUGUGACUCAGUUGGUUUUAUGUCAUCCAUGCACCAGAAGUCACCGGUUUGAUUCUCCCCGGUCAGGGCCCAUACCCAAGUGUGGGUUCAAUUCCAUCAGCAACCAGUUGAUGUUUCUCACAUUGAUGUCUCUCUCUGAAAAAAAAUCCAUAAGCCAAAACCGGUUUGGCUCAGUGGAUAGAGCGUCGGCAAGGGGUCAUUUGCCUGGCCUUGCGGACUCAAGGGUCCCUGGUUCGAUUCCGGUCAAGGGCAUGUACCUUGGUUGCGGGCACAUCCCCAGUAGGGGGUGUGCAAGAGGCAGCUGAUCGAUCUUUCUCUCUCAUCGAUGUUUCUAGCUCUCUAUCCCUGUCUCUUCCUCUCUGUAAAAAAAAA